GGAAUCCUUGCCUGUCUUAUCCAUGUCUGAAUGACGGCACAUGCACGGUCGUAGGCACCUCCCAUGUUUGCACGUGCAAUGCUCUGUACACGGGAGCCGACUGUUCUCUAGUUAACAAUCCGUGUUCUUCAAACCCUUGCCGUAACAAUGGAGUUUGUUCGUUCUCGACAAAAUCUCCUUCAGCGGGAACCCCCUCAACACCGGCCUACGUGUGCACGUGUCCUGAAGGCUACACGGGAAGAAUGUGCGAUAG